CACACACACAGAGCUAGGAGCAGGAUGCGUCCCGCUUUACGAUGCUUGGGAUAGCGGUGGGUGGCAGGUCGGCCCGUUCAUUAGGCUACAUUGGCUCCUGCCGGUGAAAGGGACAUAUUGAUCCGUGGCUUUGACAGCCUCUCCGUGGACACCGACGGUUGACAGGCUCCGUGGGCGCUGCUCUUCCCGUGCACUAUGCGCUCUGGUGAUCAAUGGUGACCGGCUCGCCUCGGUGGAGUUGGUGACCCGUCGUUUUUUAAGUUUCUAUUUGAGCGGACAGGAUUGUUAACGCAACCCCACCCGUGCCUCUGUGGUCGAGGAAGGCAGGGGAAAGAUGGGGAGCACGAUCUCUUGCUGCGUGUCUGCCAGCCCCAAGCUCCGCAGGAAUACCCACUCCAGACUGGAGUCGUACCCGCAGGAGUCCGAGCUGGGCAGGGAGGAGACGGGAUGCAACCUGCAGCACAUCAGCGACCGGGAGAACGUCGACGAGUUGAAUAUGGAGUACAAUCCGUCGGACCAUCCGCGGGCCAGCACCAUAUUCCUCAGCAAAUCCCAGAACGAUGAGGCGCCCUGCAGGAAUGUGCGAGAUAAACGAAAAAGCCUCUUCAUCAAUAAUCAUGGAACUUUGAGGCGUAAAUUCAGCUCCUGCUCCACCAUCUUCCUCGACGACAACACCGUCAGCCAGCCCAACCUCAAAUACACCAUCAAAUGUGUAGCACUGGCCAUUUACUACCACAUCAAAAACAGGGACACAGAAGGAGGGAUGCUGCUAGAUAUAUUUGAUGAGAAGCUUCACCCUCUUUCAAAAUCCGAGGUGCCGCCGGACUAUGACCACCAUGACCCGGAGCAGAAGCAGAUCUACCGGUUUGUCCGGACCUUGUUCAGUGCCGCUCAGCUCACUGCUGAGUGUGCCAUCGUCACACUGGUCUACCUGGAGAGGCUCCUGACCUAUGCAGAGAUUGACAUCUGUCCAGGGAACUGGAAGAGGAUUGUUCUGGGUGCUAUCCUGCUGGCCUCCAAGGUCUGGGACGACCAGGCCGUCUGGAACGUGGACUACUGCCAGAUUCUCAAGGAUAUCACCGUGGAGGACAUGAAUGAGUUGGAGCGCCAGUUCCUGGAGCUGCUGCAGUUCAACAUCAACGUGCCGUCCAGUGUGUACGCCAAGUAUUACUUUGACCUGCGAUCGCUCUCAGAGACUAACAACCUCAGCUUCCCUCUGGAGCCGCUCAGCAGAGACAAGGCCCAAAAACUAGAGGCUAUUUCCAGACUGUGUGAUGACAGGUACAAGGACGUACGGAGGGCUGCGAGGAAGCGCUCUGCCAGCAUGGACAAUCUAUGUGGAAUUAGAUGGGUUCCUGCAAUCCUCUCCUAAUCACUAUUCAUCUGCCAUGUACUCACCACUGGCAUCAAUCUACACACACUAGCUGGAUGAGAAAACUCUAGUGGAAACAGGCCAGCAUGGUUCUGUGCAGAGUUUAAAAACUUCAGUUUGGAUAUCCACAUAAUACAAAGAAUUGAAACUUGGUGGAACAGUGAUUAAAA